AUGGCGGACGAAUGUGGAAUGAACACCCUCUACACUCAACUGGAUGACGAAAGGAAAUGCCUUAUCAGCUUAGACAAGGAACUUUGCUACCAGAAGUCGAGAGUGAGAGAUUGUGAAGACAUCUUAGUGCUGCUACAAAACGAGAUCGAGUGCAAGAACCGACAGUUCAACGACGUGGAUAACGUGAAGGUUGACCUUGUGAAGGCCACCCAGUGCCUCAGGAGCGAGAAUCAGAAGCUCAUGAAGCUGCUUGCCGUCCUCACUGCUGACCUCAACAAUUUAUUAAGGCUCGCAAGCGCUAUGGCUGAGAAGGCAAACGUCGGCGAUAGAUGCAAGACACGCUUUUAA